AAUUCGCCUACUUCAUCCAUCCCUUUUAUUAUGUUAAAAUGACCAAAAACUCCUUAAACCUCAACGCCAUCGCCCCUCUGAAGUGAAAACCCCCACCACCUGAAAAAGCUCUUGAUAGCCAUGGAUUUUCAAGUGGUAGUAUUAGCAGGUGGCUUAUCAAAAAGCCUUGUUCCUCUUGUUUCCAAGGAGGUGCCCAAAGCGCUGCUUCCGGUGGCAAACCGGCCGGUUCUAUCUUACGUGCUGGAGCAUUUUGAGCAAAACAAUCUCAAGGAUUUUAUAGUUGUUGUUGAAGGGGAAAGUGCAGCUCUUCUUGUUGGGGGUUGGAUUUCAAAUGCUUAUGUUGAUCGCCUUCAUGUUGAGGUUGCAGCAGUCCCUGAGGAUAUCGGGACAGCUGGAGCUCUUAGGGCCAUUGAUCACCACCUGACUGCAAAAGAUAUUUUGGUUGUGAGUGGUGAUCUUGUUUCUGAUAUUCCUCCUGGGGCAGUGGCAGCUGCUCAUAGACGACAGGAUGCUGCAGUGACUGCUAUGCUUUGUUCUACUCCUGUCAGUGGCCCAUCAGAGUCAGGUUCCUCUGGCGGAAAGGACAAAGCCAAGAAACCGGCACGCCAUAACAUUAUAGGACUGGACCCCACUAAACAAUUUCUGUUGCAUAUAGCUGCUGGAGGUGAAGUUGAGAAAGAUAUUCGUGUCCAGAAGAGCAUUCUCCGAGCGGUAGGCCAGAUGGAGAUUCGUGCUGAUCUAAUGGAUGCUCAUAUGUAUGCCUUCAAGAGAACUGUUCUGCAAGAGGUUCUGAAUAAGAAAGAAACUUUUCUGAGCUUGAGGCGCGACGUGUUGCCUUAUCUUGUGAGGAGUCAGCUAAGAUCUGAAUUAUCACAAAAUGGAGUGCUAGCAGAAGAAAAUGGGCAUCAUAAGGAUUUUUCUGAGAGUAGUACAGUUAUGCUGUCACAACUACUGGCCAAUGCAUCUACACAAAGUUUUCAUGAACUAUACGCUUUGGGUCCUGAUGGUUCUGCUCCGUCUCCAAGAAAGACUCACAAGUGCUGCGUAUAUAUUGCCAGCAAGAGCAAUUAUUGUGUGCGCUUAAACUCCAUUCAAGCCUUCAGUGACAUAAAUCGAGAUGUCAUAGGUGAUGCAAGUCACCUGUCAGACUAUUCUUUCUCUCCCCAGAACAACAUAAUUCAUCCUACAGCCGUGCUUGGUUCCAAAACUACAGUUGGACCGCAUUGUAUGCUAGGAGAAGGUUCACAAAUGGGUGACAAGUGUAGCGUGAAAAAGUCUGUCAUUGGUCGGCAUUGUCGGAUCGGCUCAAAUGUGAAGGUUGUCAACUCAGUCAUUAUGGACCAUGUCACCAUUGGAGAUGGUUGUUCGAUCCAAGGUUCUGUUAUUUGCAGUAAUGUACAGCUCCAAGAACGUGCUGUACUGAAAGAUUGCCAGGUUUUCCUAUUACUUCAUUUUGCACGUCUGACACAGGUUGGAGCAGGUUAUGUGGUCUCAGCAGGCAGUGAACAUAAAGGAGAAUCCUUGGCGAAGAAAGAGAAACAGUAAUUAGUUAUAUUGGUUACUUACAGUGUGAUCAACGCGACAUUGACUUCUGUAGGAUUUUUGUUGCUUUGGCCUGCCAAUGAUAUGCUCGUCCAAUGAACUCCAUGUUACCAAUAGAGCAAAGUCAAUUUUGUUUGGCCUUCUUGUUUUGACUGAAGAUUGUUUCCAUAUUGAGUUUUGUUGUUAGGGUGAAUCUGUUGUAGAGUUUACGUAUUUGAUAAUCAAACAGCAGAACUCGACAUGCUCCAUUCAGCAACCUCGAAAUUGCUAUUUUCCUUGAUUGAUAA